AUGGAACUACACAAAGCACCUGUCUUAAAAACCUUGCUAAUCAAACUUGGUCCAGGAUGUCCUAGCGAUCUUGAUGUGGGAAAGUGGAUUGCAAAAGCUGUUGAUCGCCGCGUGGUUGUGCUAAAAUUCAAGCUGUCAUGGUCCAAAGGUCCGACCAGAUUGCCUAAAAGCCUUUACAGCUGUGAAACACUCAGGGAACUAACUCUCUCUCACAAAGUUCUUUUGGAUUUCCCAUCGUCUUCUUUCCUCCCAUCCCUUAGGAUUCUUGAUCUUAUAUAUGUGGUUUAUAAAGACAAUGCUUCUCUUGAGAGUUUUUUUUCGCAUUGUCCAGUUCUUAAUAUUUUGACCGUGAAGCGAAACAGACAAAACAUAGAUGACAAUAUAACAAAGUUUAGUGUGAAAAUUCCUACUUUGCAAGGAUUAUUCUAUGAUAGUGAUGUUAUUAUUCCGUCACUGCCAGAUGAGGAUGAGGAUGAGGUGGUAGACACCGGUAAGUACUGUUUGGCUAUCGAUACUCCGACAUUAUUAGACUUUUACAUCACUGAUCGUUCGGGAGACUCUUGCUCGAUUGAGAAUAUGCCUUGUCUUGAGCAUGCAUCAGUCGAAAUAAAAUCUUUCUCGGAUAUCGAUAAGUCGAAAACAUAUCUUUCAACAGUCCGGUCUCUUGUAUUGUAUACCACCGAUCAAGUGCUUUGGCCUUUUAGCACCGUCAAGUUCUCUCGACUUAAAAAGUUAACAAUAUAUCCACAUAGAUCAGACUGGUUGGAGGAACUCUUACUUUUACUUAAAAAUGCUCCAAAACUUAAAGAUCUUUUGGUAGAUUAUGCAUUUAACUCAGAUGUGAUCCAAUAUUCAUGGUACCAACCAAGUUCUAUUCCCGGAUGCUUGUCGUCACAACUCGAGUUUUUCGAGUAUAAAGCAUAUGGAGGCGGAGAAGAAGAGAAAGAAUUCGUGAUGUAUAUCCUAGCUAACUCUAACUGUUUAAAGAAGGUAAGAAUCUAUGUGAAAUCCUAUCUUGAAAACAAGAACUUGAUCAUCGAGGAGUUGAGAGAUAUUCCGAGGGCCUCAACUUUUGUUGAAAUGAUAAUUGAGUUUGAUCAUGCUUGA